GGUUCGUAUUCACUACGGAGUGGCUGUGCCACAACACUAUUCAACGCAGGUUACAACAUGUUAGCGGUGAAAUGGUUUAGAUGCUGUAGGUCAGACGAGGUCGAAGGCUACAUUCGCUUCGGUGGGCGUCUCAUGGAGGAAUUGGCAGCUGAG